UUAGGUCUGAAGACUCUAACUUUGGGACAGACAGUGCGGUGGAGUUGACAGUUCUUUGUCCCGUUGGUUUGGAUGGCAAGUUAAAGAGAUGUAAGGAGAGGUCCAAAUCCUUUUCCUCGCGGGCUCGGCUACCUCGACUUCAGUCGAGAUGAUGGUUUACUGCAGAGAGGUGAGUGUAAUCGAGGUGGAUAAACCAGCCUGUGAAAGAGGAUCGGAAGGGAAUGAGUCGUAAUUAUUACCACAGGCACUCAGAGGCUUGUUGGACUGCGUGAGUGUUUUCUGGUUGAUGACGAUUUGAAGGGCGUUUUUCAUGGAGAGUACGGAGGAGUACGAGGAAGAGCUACUUUAUAACUUUGGAGAUCCAUGUGAUAGCUCGGAUCGUUCCUCCGGGAUGACCACCCCUGACACUGAUCAAGAUUUUGAAGUUAUAUCACCCGGAAAAAGGUACCGUCUCUUCUUAGCAGGACCAGCUGAGUCCAUAUUUGAUGCAGGACCAGCUGAGUCCAUAUUUGAUGCUGGACCCUUGGAGCCUAGAUUCGACGGAGCGUCGAGCUCAAGGCGUCCUGAAGAUUUUGCGUGUCGGUUUGUAAAGGAUGGCGAUCUUGAAAUAAGUCUCCAAAUGGCGAUGAGGGUCUUGGAACAGACGGGGCAAGAGAUGGGUGAAAUUUAUGGACAUGAAAUUACGACCACCGCACCAGAAAUGACAUCGAAAAUAGGUUAUGUAGCGAUGCUGAAACUCAUACCUGAAUUGGAUCAUGCUAUGGAGAACGUCAUAGAAGAAGAGAUAGCCAAGGUAUCUCGCGGUCCCACAGUAACCUCACUCCAAGAACAACCACUCCAAGAGAUAGGCAAGGUAUGCGGGGGUGCUGCAGUAACCUCACUUCAUGAACAACCACUCCAAGAGAUAGGCAAGGUAUCCGGGGGUGCUGCAGUAACCUUACUUCAUGAACAACCACCAUCUGAGAGAUCCAAAACGUCGCUUCAGGCGGAUCUUCCUCUGGCCAUGGAAGACAUUCAGAAGUGGAUGCAGGACAGAGAACAAAAAGGAGAAGAAUUGGACUUUAAUGAUCUUUGUAGAUUAUACAAGAUUGGAUCACUAAAUGUAUUUCCAGGAAGUGAAGAAAACAACAGAGCAGAAAAUAAGCAGCCUGCUGAAGAGGAGAUUGUUGAGACUCAUCAGGCAGAAAGAGCUUCUGAUGGAGGGAUAAUGCAUUCACUUGAGGAUGAUAUUUGUGCACCUUCUGCUAAGGACCAGAAGGGACACAUUGGAGUGCCAUUCAUAAGUUCAAAUACAGUAAAUGAAGCUUCGAAUUUGGAUUCUUCUCUAUCAAUGAAGCAGAUCAGUCCAAGUGCGCGUAAAGCUGAGGAACAAAGCACCGCUGAUUCUCAUGGACAGGCUGCUAUCGGAUCAGAAAAGUCAGAGAAAGCGGUAAGUAAAGAACUGGUAGAAGUUAGAGAACUACCGGAGGGCUGCAUGGAACAUGAAGAAGAAAAGUCCACAGUGACUCAUCCAGCUACACCCCCUGGACCAUCCGAGAAGAGUAUCGUGAGACAAGAACCUGAACGCCCUUCACGCAGAACCAAAAUGGAGGAGAGGUUCUUCUUUUCGAUUGACAAUAGGUUUUUGUGUGUUUGUAAAGAGUGUGGCGUUCUUCACAACACUGACAAACAAGAAUACACGUGCCGGAUCUGUUCAGAUGAGAGUCGAAAUUCUUCGAUACUCAACUUCACGUGGCUGUCUCAUCAUGAUUGUAUCCUGAUGAACGUAACAAAUAAGUUUGUUGAACUGGAUCCCGGCAGAGCUUAUCAGAUCACCACAUGGCCUAGAUUGUUCAAGAAUGAUGGAGCUAUAUUUCUCAGGCUACCUCAUGGUAACAUACUCUGGGACUGUGUAAGUUUUGUUGACGAGAUAAUCGUGUCCAAGAUUGCGAAGGUGGGGGGUAUUGCUGCUAUUGUUCUAUCGUGUCCUGAGAAAAUGGGAGCUUGUGCGAGGUUGAGUUAUAUAUUCAACAGAUGUCCGGUCUAUGUACAUGAAAAUGACCGUAGAAUAUAUAGAAGAUUCAAAAAUUUGAGAAGAGCCAAAAGAAUUUGGACUGGUGACAUGAUAAAGCUCUGGGAUGGAGUAACUAUCCACUGUCUUGGGGGACAUUAUCCCGGAAGCUGUAUUCUUCAUUUUUUAUAUAGAGGAGGUGUUGUUUUCCCAAGCGAUACUCUGAAGAUUGUUCAGGGACGAAGAUCGGUGAGCGUUAUGAAGAGCUAUGGAAACUACAUCCCAGCUAGUCCAAGAGAUGUUAAAAAGAUUUUGGAUGUAAUGGACUCGAUGGAUUUUGAAGAGAUAUGGGGAGAACAACCUGGAGUCGAGAUCAUACGACAGGCGAAGCCGAUGGUUAUAUCUUCUCUUCGCAGAUAUAUUUUAUGGAGUCAGCAUGAUGAGAUAGUCAUCCCAUUAAGCCGACGUGAGAUCAUUGCCAGGGGAAAACGCAAGACUUUGGAAACCUGACAGGAAAACGUGAUCUCAUCCUGACACGGAUGCCGUAACCGAGAGGAAAUAUGAGUUAAGACACCCUGCACAUAGUCUAUAAGAGGACACUUGUAAAUAUUUCAUAGUUCUUUAAGCUUCAAUUACCUUUGAUAAUCUAAUCACCAUUGCGGUUAGAUUUCAGGCUUGUGCAGAUAUUCGGAUUAGCAUUUUUCGAUAAAACAUCCAAGCAAGCUCCCAUGGCUUACUCCAUGGAUCAUUUAGUCUGUUCUCAUUUUUAAUCUCAGAAGCUUGUUGUAGUAGUCGAAGGAAGCAGGGGCCAACAUAACUGCUCUUCUCGAUAUUGAGAAUAGAUGUGGAUGUUAAAAAAUCGAUUAAUUUUUUCACUUUUUAGGUGGUAUUAGAGAAUGUGAAGUGUAGGGACAACUCUUCAGAUUUAGGUAAGGGCUAGACAAUUCUAACUCUUAAUAC